AUGUUCCGAAGGAAAUCACGAUCCAAGACAAUGGUCUCGCACGACAUAUCUGCACGUUGCUCCCGCAAACGAGUGACAAAGGCGUGUCAACGAUGCAAAGUGAAGAAAUCAAGAGUAGGAUGCAGUGGAGACGCUCCAUGCGAGUCCUGCAAAGCCACAAACGCCGUUUGUAUCUAUCGAGAGGAUAAACCAAAAAGACAUCGGGUGUUAACACAGAGUUAUGUGCAACUCAUCGAAGACCAACAUGAACUGCUCGUCCGUGGCCUGCGAGAGCUUUACCAACGAACGGUCACAGGAGGAAGCAUGAAACGGAUAGCUAGCGAUCGACCAUUAUCCGUGAAUGACAUAUUAUACAAUUUGGGUAUAUAUGAUGCGCCAACCGAGGAUUCACCCAAAACACCUCCCACCCCCCUGCAGCUACGGGAGGAGUGCACCGAAAAGGAAGACGAGAGGAAAGAUCGAUACCUAGACACAAUCCAACCGAACACCGACGUACAAUCGUGCCCUAACCAAUGGUACGGGGAUACCGGCAGUGUAUUUUCGGAUUUCCUGUACUCGCCAUCAUCUUUCGGCUUCUCGCCCAGCAUAUCAUCACUGCCUGAUUGCCCGACAUACAUGAGCUCUGUCAUCACGCCAGACGUCGGACCUCCAUUUCAAAUGAGCCCCUCUUCAUGUAUGAUCGCGGAAAAUGUCUCUACAACAGCAGACGGCAAUAUUCUCUCGCCGUGGGCGAUGUACCGGAUCGCCCUGAAUGCCCCAAACUUUGCGCUGUACGAGCCUCUCGGUACUGCAUUUUAG